CAUAUAAAGGGGGAGAGAGCAAGAGAGGGAGCAAGUGGAGGAAAGACGGGCUCGCAUCUUGAUAAAGAUUACAAAGUUCUGCAAACAGAAGACUGCACGAUGGCUGCCAGCAGAGACUUCGUCUUUCCCCUGGUGAUCGUUUGCCUGCUUCUCAUCAGAGGUUGCGCUCCCCUGCCUACGAUGAACCCAACGAGACCUCUGGGAUCAUAUGAGUUUUCGGCUGGGGCCCUGGUGCUUACCUCAGAGGAUUACUCUCAAUAUGACGACACAGUUGCCCCUAUUUCAUCCAAUACAGUGCCUCCACAUGGAGGGACGGUUAAGCGAUGCGACUACAAUCCCUGUCUUGAGAGUCAGAUCCCCUGUGCUGAGCUAGCAGCCUCCACCGGCUGCUUGUGUCCAGGGUUCACUCCACACAAUGUGGCCCCUGAGGCUCCCACCCUGAAAUCAGUGUCCUGGAACGGGUCAGAGGUUGUGAUUGGGUGGUGUGCACCUUAUUCAUUUGUCACAGGUUACAUUGUGACAAUAGGAGGGCAAGACAAGCAGAAGUUUGGGAAGAACCAAAGGGCUGGCGGAGUGGGCGACAUAGACCACAUCUCAGAGGUGUGUGUGGCUGCAGUGAACGAUGCAGGAGAGAGUAAAGGGUCCUGUAUGAUGUACCAGCCCAGGGACAACAGUCUGCCUCUGAAAGCAGGACUCAUCGGGGGAGCUCUGGGCUUCCUGCUGCUCCUCUUGCUGGCCGUCCUACUCUGGAGGCACAAGAGGCAAAGGAAACAGCAGGCCGGCAUCUCUAUGCACGACGCAGCAGGGACGCAGUGACUGAAAACAGAGCGAGACUGGACGCUCAGCGAGAUAAGACUGCGUCCCACGAGACUCUUCAGCCUCAUUGCAGUUAAUUAACUGGGACUACAUUAUAACAUCUGAGGUUCACCGCACAAGGAGGCUUUCAGGAAACAGGUUUUAUCUCACAUGAAUAUAUCUGACUUGUAACGCUCAUUGCCUCAUUCUUGUUUGAUUUUGAAACCCUUGUGGUGGCGUGCUGAAACAAGUUCACACCUCCAUGAUUUUAAAACCAGCUGCAGGAAAAUAUUACACUUACUAGCUGCGCUCUCUGAGAAUGGACCCCGGAAGACCAACAGCAAGCAAACAAGACUGUGAAUUUGGUCAAUUUCUGCAUUUAAAAAAUGAGCUGUUUGGUGGACAGCUCUGAAAUAUCAGGUGUCAGGACCUGAAGGAACAUCCCAGCAUGCCAUCCCUGCUUGCAACUGUUAUACUGAACAACUGUUCAUUGCAGUGUAGAUCAUCAGUUAAUGGGAUAAAGCAGGCAAAAACACCAGUAGAGUAAUUGAAGUAUUUAUUUAUUCCUUGGGUUCAGAAAAUGUGAUAUGUAGCUUUGUACCACUGCAUUUUGCCAGUGAUGAGUUUUUUAUGUGGUUUAUUUAGCUGUGAGGGAGCACUUCAAUCUUAGGAUGAAUCGAUCAAAAUCAGACAUAUGCUAUUGAUAUUGCUAUUGAUUGAUAUUAGAACGCACAAUGUAAAUUACAACAGAUGAGAGACAGGUUCAAAUGACAUGAUAAAAUGUUGUGCGCAGCAUAGAAACAAGUGUACGCUGGUGUUUGGAGCUCUCUGUGAGAGUUUUAUGUAUUUAAUCAAAGAGUGAGUGGACUGAUUGUGGUUUGAAGGAGUCAAAGUGAACAAUGUGCUGUACUACAUGCUGUAUUUGUGAGCAUUCAGUUUGUCGCCUCAGACCUUGUACACGUUCAGAGUUUGACUAGACAGACUGUCUAAAACAUGCUACUGUAUCUGAACGUGAAAAGGUCUGACUAUUUAACUCAAGUAAAACAUUUUCUUGUUGCA